UCUGUAACGGAAUCUCAACCGCCUAAGUUAAACAAACUCGAGCUAACGCGGAAGAUCGACUUUUAGUGAACUUCCUCGCGUGCGUUUUUUUUUCUUAAGAAAAUGCGUGUCACCGUUAACGUGACUACAUCCAACCUUGUUUAAUAGCGUCGGUGUAAUAUGGAAACGUCUCGUGCUGAAUGUAGCCCUCGAGCUCGCUCCCUUCUGCCUCCACGUUGCCGUUGAUGUAUGUCACGCUGACCCAGCCCUCAUGUGAUGAGGUCCAGUGCCACACAUGACACGAUGGCAUCGAGAGCGGCUUUGCUCAAGUGGUGCAGCCAAACAUGCACCACUUACCCCCAGGUGGAAAUCACCAAUUUGUCCACCUCAUUCCGAGAUGGACUUGCGUUUUGUGCCAUCAUCCACAGCCACCGCCCGGAUCUCAUACAUUUCAGUUCCCUCUCAAGGGCUAAUGUUUAUGAAAACAACAAACUGGCCUUUGAAGUUGCAGAGACCAAGCUUGGCAUCCCCGCUUUCCUGAUCCCCAAAGAAAUGCUUGCCGCCGAGGUGCCUGAUUAUUUGAGUGUCAUCACUUACCUCUCCCAGUAUUACCAUUACUUUGGACGGCUCUCUAACAGUGUGUCAGGUCCUUCCAGUUUGAGGUCAUCACACAUCACUCCAUCAAACAAGCAUCCGGCUUAUUUGCCCUCCAUCGAAGAUGACCAUUGUUCUGAUAAAAGUCGACAUCACGUAUGUCACUUUUGCGCCAAACCUGUUCAUCUUAUUCAAAGACUUGUGAUCUGCGGAGAGAUCUGGCAUCGCACUUGUUUCAGAUGCCAAUUGUGCCACGGCACCCUCGCAGCGGGCUUCUUCAUUCCCGGAAAAGACGCCGGUCAAUUCAUCUGUUCUGACCACAUAACAGACGGUUCAAAUAUUCUAGCAGUUCAGAACGUUGAGGGAUGGGAAGACUGCUUGUCUCUUCGUAGAUUGACUCUCCUCGGCGUCCCUCGCUACUCUGAGAAAACAAAGUCAUGUGACAGACUGGUUUAUAAACCACUGGAGGACGAGCAAACAGCACGGCGCCAGUCAUCUGACACACGGAGUAACAUGUCAAGGCCGCCAUCUCCUCAACCCUUCCCAGUAAACGUUGACGAGACGACCGAUGGCGAGGACGCAUCGCCAUCGGUUUUGGUAGGGAGCUGCGGGCACAAGGAGGAGACCGCAACCGAGGAGCCCUCGGAGUUCCCGUCGGUCUACGGAGAAGCCACUGGAGAAAGUGAGCAGCUGGCAUCCAAACAGAUGCCAGACUCUGUCUGCGCAGCCGAGACUCAACCUUUCCAAACAGUGAGUAGCACCUCAGAGACAACCAAUGGCAAGGACGAGUCGCGGCUGUUUCUGGUGGAAAGUGACGAGCAAAAGGAUGAAACAAAAACGGAGGCGCCCCCGCAGUUGCCGUCUCCUUCUGCACAAGUAACUCAUGGAGAGAGUCAGCAGCCGGCACGCGAACAGACCACUCAAAGUCGGCCUUUGCCUUUUUCAUCUCACAUAAGCCUGAAAAGUCCCGUGAAAACCAACCACCCGUGGCUCGGAAUCAUCCAUCCCGGUCCUUGGACGCAGCUGCCUCCCGUUCAGUCCCCAGGACCCCCCAUGCAUUCCAAACGUGGUCCAAAUGGCCGCGUAUACUGGUACAGACCGAGAAUCCCUCCCCCCAAUCCUUUCGGUGAGGACCUGGACGAGGAAGAUGGAGUCAAAACGGAGCCACGUGUCAAAGACACUCAUGGAGGACAUAGCAGUCAACUUGGUGGCUCAGAUGUAACAGCUGCCAAUGUCCCACACCAAGUCAGUCGUAGCCCCAUUUUGCCAAGAAGUCUUUCGGUGCCGGCCGUCAAAUCUACAAAGUUACCUUUUGUCAUGACAGAGGACAACAAAUCGCCCUGCUCAACCCCAAGUAAGAUUUACAAAGAGAAGGAGCAUUGCGAUGCAAACGCAGAAAUGCCCAAAUCCAAAACAUGCCAAGCCCUCACAUCUGGACGGGCACCCGCUCCCGGGCACGGCUUCCCACUCAUCAAAAGGAAGGUGCAGGCCGACCAGUAUAUUUCUACAGCAGAUCUGCAGGUGGAAACGAGACAAGUGACAAAGCAGCUCGAGGCGCUGGAAGAACGAGGCGUUGACUUGGAGAGGAAUAUCAGAGAGUGCAGCAAUGACAAAGAGGAAGAAGGUCUGCUGGCCGAAUGGCUUGCUCUUACCCAGAAGAGACAAUUUCUGAUGCGACGAGAUACCGAGCUGGUUUAUUUGACUAAGCAGCAACAGUUGGAAGAGAGGCAAGCGGAUGUGGAGUACGAGCUUCGACGUCUCCUCAAUAAACCAGAGAGCGUCUGGAGUCAAGAAGAUCGAAGUCGAGAACAAAGCCUGAUGACCGAGCUGCUUGUCAUCAUCGAGCAGAGGAACCAGAUCGUCAGCAUUUUAGAUCAAGACAGGAAGAGGGAGCGAGAAGAGGAUGCGCUUUCGGAAGGAAUGAUCAAGAACACAGACUUCCAGAAAGAAGGUUUGAAAGAGCUCAAGAAGUCAAAAGGAAAGUUCAAGCCCUCAAAGGUUUUUAAGAUGAACUGGAAAGGCGAGCGCAGUGCAGACUCUGUGGACAAAAAGAGCUGAAUGUCUGUUGAGACGGCCGGAGAAUAAAACUGAAGAAAGGUUCAAAGACAUCAAAUGAAGUUCUGCUUGGACAUGAUCAAGUGUUGGCCUCAUUUUACGUUACUGUGUGCUUAAACUGUUAUGCAACUGUAGAUUGAGUGGCACACUUAGGAAUGUAUCACAAGUCAAAAGUACAUUUUUUUGUGUCAGCAUAAUAGCAAAAUUGCCUCAGUCCUUUAAAAUAUUUUCCGCACAAGAAAACACCACAAAUUUAACAAGCAAAAAGAGUCCAGGUGCCUUUGUGAAUUACCAUAACUGGAUGAGUGAGAACCUAUAUUCACAUUAAAAAAAAUGUGUAACAGGCACAUUGGUAUUGACAUUG